GAUUAUUUAGGGAUUCCCACAAUUUUAUCGAUCGAGGAAGGAGAAGUUGUAUCGAGUCGAUUGAAAAUGUAUUUGGUGGAGAGUAAAGGAGGUGCAAUAGCUUGUAUGCUGUUAGCUUUGUUUUUCUUGGGCACAUGGCCUGCUAUAUUGACGCUUCUCGAAAGGAGGGGCCGUCUCCCCCAACACACUUAUCUCGACUACACGAUCACAAAUCUACUGGCUGCUGUUAUCAUUGCUUUCACGUUCGGUGAAAUAGGAAAUGGCACGAUCGAGAAGCCGAAUUUCUUGAAUCAGCUUUCUCAGGAUAAUUGGCCGAGUGUAAUGUUUGCAAUGGCUGGUGGGAUUGUAUUGAGCCUCGGAAAUCUGGCGACGCAAUAUGCGUGGGCGUUCGUCGGUUUGUCGGUGACUGAAGUGAUUACGUCGAGUAUAACCGUUGUAAUAGGGACAACUUUGAAUUAUUUCUUGGAUGACAAAAUCAACAAAGCCGAGAUUCUUUUUCCCGGUGUUGGUUGUUUUCUGAUUGCUGUUUGUUUUGGUUCGGCUGUUCAUUCGUCCAACGCAGCAGAUAAUAAAAAGAAGCUCACUACUUUCUCCGAUGAUACUAAAGAUGGCGAAAUGACAAACGAUGCUCAUGCCUCGGAAACAUACGCAAAAAAGGAUCUGGAGAAUGGAAGUGCUUCCAAUGAGAAGGCAAAGUUCGGGACCGCACAUUUCCUCAUUGAGCUCGAGAACAAAAGGGCAAUUAAGGUUUUUGGGAAGGGCACUUUGAUCGGGUUGUCGAUAACUUUCUUCGCGGGAUUUUGCUUCUCUCUCUUCAGCCCAGCUUUCAACCUCGCCACUAACGAUCAAUGGAACACAUUAAAAAACGGAGUUCCACACUUGAGCGUAUACACUGCAUUCUUCUACUUCUCGGUUUCUUGCUUUGUGUUAGCUAUAAUUCUCAACAUCACCUUCUUGUAUAAGCCCGUUUUGAAUCUGCCCAAAUCAUCGAUAAAGGCUUAUUUAUCGGACUGGGAGGGUAGAUGGUGGGCCCUACUGGCCGGGCUCUUGUGCGGGUUCGGAAACGGGCUUCAGUUCAUGGGCGGUCAAGCCGCUGGCUAUGCUGCAGCUGAUGCUGUUCAGGCACUUCCGCUAGUGAGCACGUUUUGGGGUGUACUUUUGUUCGGAGAGUACAGAAGAUCGUCGAGGAAAACAUACGUACUUUUAAUUGGCAUGUUGUCGAUGUUUAUUGUUGCUGUUGGAGUUCUUAUGGCUUCGUCGGGUCACAGGAAGUAGUUUCUCUUGGAUGCGAAAGAAUGUUUAAAGAUUAAAAAAACAAACAAACGUGUACUUGUUUAGGGUUGAUUCGUUUCGGUAACACAUAAAAUAAGUUGUAUAGGAAGUUGUAUUAGUUGUUCUUGGCAUUAAUCGAUUAGUCGGUUUUUAUUUGUAAAGAAACCAAUAAUCUCGUAAAUAUCUUUGUUGUUGUUGUUGCCUA